UUACAGGAAAUACUCGUAUCAGGAAGUAGAAAGUUUAUUAAGAUUUGUUUUUUGUUGUUGUCGCCAACAUGUACAACUGUGAAAUGUAAAGUUUACCUCGGUUAAAAAGACCGACUAUACACAGUGUGAGAAUACACUCAGGUGUGAAAGUGCGUGAACGGUGCCUACGGAGACGAAGGACCUGCUGAGGGUGGAGGCCAUGCAGCAGCAACAGAGCUGUGGAUCCUGGGAGCUGAAGGAGCGACUGGGCACGGGAGGUUUUGGGAAUGUCACAAGAUGGAAAAAUAAGGACACAGAGGAGCAAAUUGCUCUAAAGCAGUGCCGUCAGGAGCUGAGUGAGAGGAACAAAGAUAGAUGGUGUCUUGAAAUCCAGAUCAUGAAGAGGUUGGAUCACAUUAAUGUUGUUGCAGCCAGAGAGGUUCCUGAGGGAAUGCAGAAGCUGGUGGGCACAAAUGACAUGCCACUGCUGGCCAUGGAGUACUGUCAGGGAGGAGAUCUGAGAAAGUAUCUGAACCUCCUGGAGAACCGCUGUGGAAUGAGGGAGGGCUCUGUUUGGAUUCUGUUACAUGACAUUGCUUCAGCUCUGACCUACCUCCAUAAAAAGAGGAUCAUCCACAGAGAUUUGAAGCCAGAAAACAUUGUGCUUCAGCAGGGAGAGAAGAGGUUGAUCCACAAGAUCAUAGAUCUAGGCUAUGCCAAAGAGCUGGACCAGAGCAGCCUUUGCACAUCGUUUGUGGGAACACUGCAGUACCUGGCUCCAGAGCUCAUCGAGAGGCAGAAGUACACAGUCACUGUGGACUACUGGAGUUUUGGGACUUUGGUGUUUGAGUGUAUUACUGGAUUUCGCCCUUUCCUACCAACUUUGCAGCCUGUUCCCUGGCACAAUAAAGUGAGGCUGAAGCAGGAUGACGAUAUUGUUGUCUACGAGGAUCUAACAGGAGAAAUCCGUUUCUCUAAACAUCUACCGCAGCCCAACAACCUCAACAGUCUGUUAUUAGAGAAAAUGGAGAAGUGGCUGCAGCUGAUGUUGAAGUGGUCUCCUCAGGAGAGAGGCAAACUCCAUGGUGCUACGCCCAGUGACUGCUUCUCCCAACUUGAGAUCAUACUGCAGCUCAAGCUGGUCCAUGUCCUUAACAUGAUGUCCACCAAGAUCCUGACGUACUCCGUCACCGACGAUGAGACCGUGGCAGACCUGCAGCUGAGAAUAGAAAAAGACACCGACAUCCCCACAGCCAAUCAGGAGCUUCUGCUGGAGGCGGGAUUAGCCUUGGAGCCCAAUGGACUGGCCAUGCAGUGUGCCAUAGAUUACAGCGAAAUAGAUGGCCGACGCACAGACUUGCCACUGGUUUUCCUGUUUGAUCGCUCUUCUUGCAGUUAUGAGCCCCAGUUUGUUCCUCGGGCCCUCCCAGAUAACAUCCGCUUUGUUCAAAAAGAUCCUAAGCACGUUCUGGCGUACAGUCCUCUGAGGAGGACUUGUGGCCAAGCGUGGCACACCAUCCGCUCCCUGAAGGAAGAUUGGCAAAGACUGCAGCAGGGACAGAAAGUUGCCAUCAUGAGUCUGCUGAGACACAACUCCUCACUGUCCAAACAAAAGAAUGAGAUGGUAUCCAUGCACCAGAGACUCAUGGCCAAGCUGGAAUUUUUCACCACCAGCCUUCACAUAGACAUGGACAAAUACCAGGAGCAGACAGCCACUGGGAUAGCAUCAGAGAAACUGCUCUGCGUUUGGAGGGAGAUGGAGCAAACCGCUAUCAGCUGUGGUCAGGCGAAAGUGAGUGAACUGGAGGAAGAGAUGAAGCAGCUGCAGCCAGACAUAGUGGAUGUGCAGAGGCAGCCGUGGAGGAGUGGAGAGACCCUGGACACACUCGAGGGAAACGCCAUGGAGCUGUUCCGCAAACUCAGAGAGAAACCAAGAGACCAGAGGUGCUCAGGAGACAGUCAGGAGAUGGUUUCUCUGGUGUUUCAGGCCGUGCAGUUCUAUGAGAGAAAGCUCAGAGACUUCUACACACACCUCAGUAAGACAGCCGUGUGUCGACAGCGUGUGAUGGAGCUGCUGCCGAAGGUGGAGGGCGUGGUCCAGAAGAUGGCCGAGAGCGAACAAGUGCUGAUGAGUCUGCAGGAGAAGCGACAGAGGGAGCUAUGGAACCUGCUCAAAGUGGCCUGUAGUAAAGUUCGCAGUCCAGUGAGUGGAAGUCCUGAUGGAUUACGAACCCCUUCGUCAGUGCCACCUCUUCUGACCCCCAGACAAAGUUUACAGCAGCUUGAUGAGUCUCUUGUGGAGCAGAGCAGGACAUUUGAGAGUCGACUCCAGAGUUUGCUGAAUGACACCAUCCAGGAAUCAGAAAGCAGUAUGGAGAUGUUGAGUGAGUGGACGUGGCUGCAGGGAGGCCAGAGUUUCUCCAGUGACCUCUCCUAAACUGUCCCUCUUGUCUUUUGGUUACAUGUGAUGAGACUCUACUGCCUCCAUGUGGUUGGAAUGCCCGACUACAUGCGCACGUACAGCUCUGUCUCUGGAUGUGAACAGAGUAAAGACAGUAAUAAUACUGCUGCUGGCACAUAGUCUGCUUAAUGGGAUUAAGGAACUAGUUAAUCUGUUUACUGCCAACAUUCAGAUUACUAAUUCUUGAUUUAUAAUUGAGAAAUGUAUGAAUUAAAUACAUUGCAAAACUUAGUAAUUUUAUACAGUUCAACCAUUCCACUGUUAUUGUCAGAUGAGCCAACAAAAUUGUGUUUAAUCCUAAAAUCCCCAUCAGAAUAUUCCCGCUAAAUCUUAUUUUAAAUAUCUGAGACUCUGAAUAGUCUUCUGAAGAGAAUCAUAACAUGAAAUAUUUGAGACUUAUUUUAUAUUUGAUUUGUGUAUAUUCACAAAUGUUUGAUCAUGUUUGAUCAUGUUCAUCCCUAAGAACCAAAAUGUAAACGUGUACCAGGUUUUAUGUUUCUUAAUCGACCACUAUUUCUUAUUGGAAAAAAAUUGUUUUUAGUGAGAUUCAUUGAGCAACAGGGGAAACUCAAAUGUACUGUACUGUGGGUGGAUACAGUGAGUUGUUGUUGUUGCAUGAGGUCAUUACAUCAACAUUUGGUUUGGUCCAUGAGUGUGAUUAGAAACAGGUGAUACAUAGUCUUAACCAUGAAUCAAAAAAUUAUAAAAUGUAUUCUUGUAAAACUGUUAAAAAAACAAACUGUUAAUUGACUUUAUCUUGAUUCAAUUUGAAUCUGUGGGUUUUAGAUAAAAUCAAGGCCUAUUUUACUCCCAACCAAGAUGUUACUGUAAAUAGAUAUUACUGAUGAGCGACGUUGUUACAGUAUCAUGUGUCUGUGAUGUCUUGAUGUCUGUCUGUUAUUUACGUACUGUCUUGCGUGUCAUUUCCAUUUUUUCUGGGAAUUUCACUUCUCUGUCAAAAAAUAAACGCCCAUUCAUUUUUA